UCUCCGGAAUAUUGAUUCGACUUUUGGAAUUACAGACUUGUUUAACAUUAUAAUCGUAAAAAGGAUUGUUCUCUCUUAAUGUUAACUGAGAAAAUACGACUCGUGAACAAAAUUGAAUAACUCGCACAGCCAUUCCACAAUGAGAAUUGUAUGCAUAAUUGAGUGAUCGUUUGGAGAAGCAAAUAAAUUCCCUUAUCCAGGGAAAGGUGUGGGGUUGAUAAAGCGGGGGAAAUGAUAUUAUAGUAUAAAGUUCCAGGGUCUGAUAAUUUUGUUCAGUGAUCAUAUGUGACAACGCAUUUUAUCUCUUGUGCAAACACUCGUCAGCGACAAGUUUUGUGAAGCGCUUAAAUGAUACACGCUGGGUUGUGAUUGUAAUUCGCCUAAUCGAUGUAAAGAAGAUAUAUUGGUGUUCGUGAUUUGUGUGUUUUAAUUUCCAUAUGAUAGCGAAAUAAUCCCUCUCCGGGUAUUAGGUAAAUACUUCAUUCACCGUGUGAGCGGUAGUAUGUUUCUAGUUUCGGAGAACUCGUGUUCGGACCAUGGACUAAAUCAUAUAACCUAACAGAAGAGGAGUCGCAAUAAGGAGAAUUGAUGAUAGAAGAACGUACUAGUAUAUGAACAUGGACAACUCGCCACAAAUUGAACUGAUAGAUGUCAAAAAGAAAUCCCCCCGAAAAGAUGGAAAAUCUUCAAAAUAUAGAAUGGGUGAGGGUGAGAGACGACUUCCCCGGCCGGUGGUGUUCUGGAGCGAGAACGAGAGGGACGCCUUCAGACGAAACAAGAUCGUGCAGACGAGAUAUAACAUGCUGAUGGAUGACAUCGAGAAUCAGAAGAAAACGACACAGAAGACACAUCGCCACGAGGCGCACAAGUACCACGUGCGCAGCGGAAGGAUACGCCAGGAGUGUCAGCGAAUUCAAAACGAGGUAACUGAAGAUUCGGAAGAUCCCGAACCGGACGUGAAUAAGGGAUCCGGCGAGGACAGUGACUGGGAAAAUCAGAGUGAUUCGGACUCAGAUGACAGACGCGAGAAAUCCAGGAUUAUAACGAAACAUAAGAGACCGUCCGUGAAGUUUUCUGUGUACAAAGAAUACAUACCGAACGAUGACAAAUGUUCACCAGUGGUAGGGGACACAAACUGUGCGUUCUCUUCGGCAAAACGAAGUUUGUCAGCGUCUGCGACCAUUCGGAAAGCCCCAGAUCUACCCGGUUCUAUUGAUAAAAGAGCACAUAGUACAAUACCCGCGGUUCACGCAGUGUUAGACGAUGAAGAACGCCCCAAAUCGUCUCCCGCUAGUUCUAAAAAUAACAAGUGCUCGAAUCAAAAGAAAUUCCACAAACCCAAUAAGCUGUUCUUUGAUAAGUCUAUAGCGGCGUACGAACUGCGAAAAGAACUGCAGAAACUGGCCAGGUUACGAAAACAGGGGUCUGUGUCAACAAGUUAUACCGUGACGGACGCGCUCCGAGACGAACGAGAAAGGUACGAAGCCAGCCAGGCACGAGUGAGUCAAUAUCUACAGAGGCUGGAGUCCGAGGCGAUAAAUAAUGACGUCACAAAUCAGUGGAAGCAACAGGAUCAUGGGAUAGCGUAGACGAUUUUAUAGACCAAGGUUCGAUUUUUUUUUUGGUGAACUGAAUACUUCAGUAUCCAAAACGGAAGUGACAUAACAUUGGGAUAUAAGAGUGAAAUGGUGGUUUAUACCACCUAAUAAUACGAUCAUGUGUUUCAAAUAUGAUUGUGAGGCAACAGUGUAAAGUAAGUCCCGAAAUGACCUAGUGCGAUCAUGUGACAAUAUUGAGUGAUCGGAAAGCUUGUUCAGUAACCAAUCGUCUGCUCACACAUCUUGUUCAAUAACUAAUCAUCUGCUCACCAAUCUUGUUCAAUAACUAAUCGUCUGCUCAAACAUCUUGUUCAAUAACUAAUCGUCUGAUUACACUUCUUGUUCAAUAACUAAUCGUCUGCUCAAACAUCUUGUUCAAUAACUAAUCGUCUGAUUACACUUCUUGUUCAAUAACUAAUCGUCUGCUCAAACAUCUUGUUCAAUAACUAAUCGUCUGCUCGCACUUCUUGUUCAAUACCUUUUCGUCUGCUCACACUUCUUGGCGGUUAUGCUGCUGAGAUGGAGGACACAUUUUAGAAUUGCAAAGGGCAUUUAUGUCAACGGCAUUAUGUAGAAUAAGAAUAAAAGGGAAAAUAAAGAAA